AUGCUUCUCUCUGUAACGCCUGUAUGCAUUUUUAUCUUCAUUGACAUAUAUAAGUCCAUUCUUGUAAAGAACUUCGUCACCGUCAUUCGUCAUUGUACCAUAGUUGGACCGUUCUUGGGAGUCUUUUUUAAGAUAAUGAUAAUGCACAUUAAAGAAAAAACAGCAAUGCAGAUAAUAAAUGAAAUCAACCGCGACUACGAGCUAUUCAACACGAUGUCGCCCUCGUACCAAGAAAUAAUUGACGCAGCUAUCGUUAAUUCCCUGCAAUACAGCGAAAGAGCCUGGACCAUAACAGUCCUAUGUGUUGUAUUGAUAUUUCCUGUAAUGGCCGCCGUAUUGAACGUAUACAACUUCACAUUUAAGUCUGAGCCAGCUAAAUAUAUGGUACACGACCUACCAAAGCCAUACGGGGAACCCGAGGAGCGGUUUGAUACUCCGUAUUUCGAAAUCAUGUUCAUUUACAUGGUGUACUGCGCUAUCCUGUACAUUGUCAACUUUGUUGGUUAUGACGGGUUCUUUGGCUUGUGUAUUAAUCACGCAUGUUUGAAGAUGCAGCUCUAUUGUCAAGCAUUUAAGGAGGCAUUGGCAAGUGAGAAUAUGCACGAAAAGAUUGCCGGUGUUAUCAAGGAACAGAAUCGACUUUUUGAGUACGUGGAUCUUAUACAAGAUACGUUCAAUGUAUGGUUGGGCAUAAUAUUGAUCGCUACAAUGAUACAAAUAUGCAACUGCAUGUAUCAUAUAACUGAGUCCGUGGAAACAGCAACACAUUUCUACAUUUCUGGUUGGGAGCACGUAAACAACAUUCCAAUAAGGAAAAUGGUACUCUUCAUGGUUGCGCGUGCGCAGGUACCAUUGGAAAUCACGGCUUUCAAUAAACUCAUAUUCGAUAUGGAUCUCUUUGUUUCGAUAUUGCAAACUUCUUAUUCAAUGUACACGCUAUUGCGAUCUUAA